AACGUAUCGUAAGUUUGUGCAGUUAGUGAGUUCAGUUGUUCGCCGCACGUUCGCUCAGACAGAAACACAUACAAACAAUGAUGAACAAGUUCAUCUUAUUUAUACUCCUCUGGGGUUAUCAUAGUUCUUUUGUAUAUAGUGCUAAUAUUUUGGGUCUGAUGCCGAUUGUAUCACCCAGUCAUCAUGUUUGGAAUAGUGUUUUAAUGCAUAGACUUGGUGAGCUUGGUCACAAUGUUACAGUUCUAUCCGUCGAUAUACCGAAACCAAAUGAAAAAAUUCCAAAAAGUGUCCAUUAUAUUCAUUUGGAGAAAGGAUAUUCAAUCUACGAUCAAGGAGAUGUCAAAUUGGAUAUUAACGAAUUCAUAAAAUGUGGUCCAUUCAAAGGAAUAAAUUUGUUCAAUGAUGCAGUUCUUACAAUGGCUGAAGUUUCCCUAGAUUCAAAAGGUUUUCAACAACUUCUCAAUUAUCCUGAUAGUUUCAAAUUCGAUUUGGUGAUUCAUGAUUAUACAAUGGGACCAUUUUUACUUCCAUUUCUGGAAAAGUUCAACAAUCCACCAUCGAUUGGAAUGAGUGCGUACCACAAUCCACCAAUUACUAUGGAUUACAUGUCCAAUCCAUAUUUCCCCGCUUACGUACCUUUCCCUUCGACAACAUUCAAAACAGAAAUGAACUUUUGGCAACGUCUUGAGAAUACUCUUUUAAUCAUUUACGAAACUGGUUAUCGCCGCUUAUUAACAACUCCUAAGCUUGAUGCUAUGGCGCGCAAAUAUUUCCCAUUUGACUUCCCACAUAUUGAUGAACUUGGAAAACGCACAGCAGUAGCUUUGGUCAACUCUCAUCCAGCUACCAAUUAUGUGGAACCUCUUCCACCAAAUGUCAUUGAAGUCGGUGGAAUGCAAAUACUAGACCCCAAGCCAUUACCAAACGAUUUGGCAGAGUUUAUGAAUAAGUCUACAAAUGGAGCUGUAUUUUUCUCAUUUGGAACAAAUAUGAAGCCUCAAGAUUUUACUGAAGAACAAGUUCGAACAAUUCUCAAUGCAAUGGCUGAGCUUAGUCAGUAUAAUUUUAUGUGGAAGUUUGAUGUCAAGUAUUUGAAGGAGAAAAUACCCAAAAAUGUUAUUAUAAGAACGUUCUAUCCACAAAGAGAUGUUUUGGCUCACCCUAAUUUAAAGGCAUUUGUAACUCAUUGUGGAGGUUUGAGUUCACAUGAAGCAACAUGGCGUGGAGUUCCAAUGGUUGGUGUACCACUUUUUGUCGAUCAACAUAGGAACAUACAACAAUCUAUACAAGCUGGAAUAGCAGUGAAACUUGAUUUUAUCACCAUGACAACCAAGGACAUUGUCAAUGCUAUCAAGAAAGUUAUAGAAGAUCCCCAAAUGAGGGAAAAUGCUAGAAGAAAAGCAAUUCAAUACCGUGAUAGACCUAUGAAGCCCUUGGAUACUGCAGUUUGGUGGGUCGAAUAUGUGCUAAGAAAUCCAGAUCCAAGUCAUUUAAGAUCACCUGCACAUAAGUUGAACAUUUUCGAGGCGAUUUCUUUGGAUUGCUUAUCCUUUAUUUUGUUAGUGAUAAUUGCAUCUAUCCUUUUGGCAGUAAAAUUGUUGGUAUUUGUUUGGAGAUUAAUUAGUGCAACAAAUUCGAAAAAGUUAAAGAAAAAUUAAAAAGCUAAAUACUCAAAAUGUUAUUGUAAUUAUAAUUAAAAUUUAUAUUAAAAUUAAAAUGUUUUAUUACAAAGUCAAA